CCAUACAUCUCUCUCAGUCAGUCCCUACUCUUCCACACCCAGGAUGAGCACGACUGGUGGCACCGCGCGGCGCCCGUUCUCGCCCGAAUGCUGCACAACGCCGACUAUGAGAUCCACAAACAGUACCAGUACCUGGCCUUCUUCGCCCAGCAUGUCGUUCCCGCGCUGGGUCCAUCUCCGGCCAACCCGCGCCCCAACCUCUACCGGGGCGUCUUCAACCUCGAGUUCAGCCAGAACUUUCAGGAGUCAGGCUGCAUUAUCCGCCUGGCGUUCCUCCCCUUGAACUACCUCGCCGGGGUCCCCGGCAAAGACCCGUUCAACCGACUCUCCACCCCCGAGGUGCUCGCCCGAUACGCUCAGGUCGACGGCAUCGAUCUCGACCUCCAGCUCUACCAGCAACUCGUCAGCGACCUCACCCUGAACAAAAAGGAAGAGGACCACUUGCUGUCCACGAAAAGCCCCUUGCCGCCGGUCUUCAGAACCCAGAGCGGCAUCGCCCUGGACCUACGCAAGGAGGGCAAGAUGACCGUCAAGCUGUACACCUUCGUCGUCGGCAAAUCUAUGGCGACGGCCACGCCGGCGUCGACGCUGGCCCUCGACGCCGUCCGCAAGGUGGACCAGGGCGCCGCCAGCCGUUUCGACGCAGGCAUGCAGCCCAUUCAGGCCUUCCUGGACGAGGAGCAGGGCACCCCGGACGCGAUGAUACCCGCGUCCCCGACCUCCUUCCACCCGCGCGGCAUGAUCCAGUUCGGCUGCGACCUGGUGGAUCUCGCGCGCACCCGCUUCAAGUUCUACAUCCACGACUACAUCGUGAAUACGGACCGACUGGCGGAGCUGUGGACGCUGGGUGGGAGGCUGCGGGAGCGCGACUGUCCUGGCAUCGAGAAGGGGCUGAAGAUCCUGCACGAGCUGUGGUCGAUCCUCCAGGUCCGCGAGGGGUAUCAUCUGCCGUUUGCCUGUGCGCCGAAGGCGGGUGAGCGCGGGUCGGUCCAGUUCCUGAUCGUCAACUACGAGAUCCACCCUGGCGACCCCUGGCCCGUGCCCAAGGUGUACUUCCCGCUGUUUGGCAUGACGGAGGAUGCGGUCAUCGACGCGGUGGUCGCGUUCUUUGAGCGGCUGGGGUGGGCGCAGCAGGCGCGCGUGUAUCGGGAGAAUAUGGUCGCUUGCUUCCCGACUCGCGACUUGGAGAAGACAACGGAUAUCCAGGUCUGGCUCUCGUUCUCCUAUUCCCCUAAGAAGGGGCCGUAUACUACCGUGUAUUAC